CUCAAACAAAACUUCAAAACAAGGUGAACGCACGUUAAUUUAAAAUGGCAUGAUAUGGUUUAAUAAAAGAGAAUGAUCAAGGCAGUAAAUUGAACGACCAGUAAAUAGGUAUGACCUUUUAUAUUUCAAUUACGGACAAUACCGCACACCCACGCCGGUUUUGCGACGUGGGAUAAAACAUGAGACUGUUAUAUUUGGAGUUGCGAGUUCUGGUGUAUUGAUCUCACAAGGCAACAAGUGAUUCAUUUUGAUGUGUUGAGAACAACAAGGUGCACAAUAAUUGUUAGUGUUUCAAAUUUCUGCCUAAUCACGUCGAAAGUCGGUUACAAAAUAAUGUCUCGUCCUCGUCCACAAUGGCAACUGCAGGCGUUGGCUGCUCAGCGUCGUGACAAUGAGCUCCGGCGAGCUGAAGAACUUAGAAAGAUAGCUGAUUAUUUCGAGGCUCAUACAAAUAAGUCUCGUCAUCAUGAACAAUGGACUACGGAAGGUUACUACGAGAGAGCUAACAGGGAAGCUGAAUUGCUGAGUGAGAAGAAAAUCAGAGCUGCUCAAUUGGAAGAGCGUCGCAAGAAGUUGGAGCUGAUGCUGUUUCAGGAGAAUAUGCAGUACCAACAAGAGUUGAAGACACUUGCACAGCAGCCUAAAUUAUAUAAAAACGGGUCUUACCUUAACAAAGUACCAACAUCGACUUUGCAAGAGAUCAACCAAGGUAUUGUCGAGAAAGAGGAGCAACUCAGAAGGCAUGAAGCUGAGCUGAGAUUGCAUCAUGCGUGGCGACUGCGGCAACCGGAGUUACGCGCCGCAACCUCGUACGUCGCCAAUGGAAAAUGCAAGUCAGCUUGGAUGGAACAGAUUGUCGAGAAAGAGAUGCAGAAGAAAAAGGAAGAAGAAGAAACACGAAAAACGCUACAAGAGCGAGAUGAAAUGUUGCGCCGACAGAUAAAGUUAGAAGAAGAGAGGUUAAAGGAAAAGGAGCUACAAAUGAAGGAGCUCAGAGAAAGUUUGGAAGGGCAGAUAGCAGAGCUGAGUGAAAAAGAAACAGCGGUAAAAAAAUUGCGGAAGAUGGAGGAAAAAGAAAGACUCAUAUUAGACGAGCUACAGUUUAUUGCGAGUGAAAGAGAGAAAGAACACGCUCGGCUAAUAGCAGAGAGAGACGCAACCAUUAUAAAUAUGGGCCUCCAUAAGUAUAAGCUUAAGAAAAAAGUGAUUUCUGUACUGAAGGAGAUAGAAUUGGAUUUGGAAAUGUUAGCGAAGAUACGAACAGCGAUUGUAAAGGAUAUUGAAAAUGAACAUGAAAAGUCAGCACAUUCUAAACGUAUCCUUGAUACGGCAUUGCACGAGCUAGAAGAGUACAGAGAGAAGGAGCGACAAAGACAGAAGAAUAUCGAGGUCAUGUACGACGGAGAAGCGAGGCAGAUCAACGAUAAACAAGACAAGUUAUGGGCGAAAGAACGUGAGGCGCGGUCAGUACUGAUGAAGGAAGUGAUAUCGACUUUACGAAGGCAGCUCGAGGAGAAAAUCGAUGCAAACAGAAUGCAACAAAAGGCCAACGUGCUAGAACGGGAGAAGAUUAUAGAUCAGAUGGACAGCUUCCACCAGGAGGUCAGGAGUAAGGAGAGGGAAACUCAGUUGAAGAACUCAUCAUACUCGACGAUAACGGCGCUGCAGUCGCAGUUGAACGGUUUGCGCGUGCAGCAGCAACAAAUGCAAGCGGCGGAAGAACGCGAACAAUCCCUGAGAGAUGCGCACGCGCACGAACGAGACCUCAGGCGGGAGAUUGCGCGCACGCAGAGGGCGGGCAGUGCGCAUCAAUGGAAUUGACAAACUAGUACAAGUUACAAGUCUCACAGUCCGUUUUUGCCAAAAACCCCUAUAUAAUACAUAUCUACAGACAAAAGCCCAAAAGUUUGAAAAAAUACUCCAAUUUUCACUAACAAUGUCUGAUGAUUUGUGAUAUUUUUAUUUUACGUGAAAAAAUUUUACUAAAAAAAGACAUAUGUACAAUCAAAUUGAGAACCUCCUUCGUUUUGAAAUUGAUCAUAAAGUAUUUUUUUGUCGUUAUGUAUCGAGCAUGAUAAAAACACGAUAUAGGUAUCAUAACGCAGUGUUGGAUAUUUUGUAGCUAUAAAACGAGCGCGAUAGAAACACUUAUAUAGGUAUCAUGCUAGAUAGGCUGAUGGUCGUGUCGUCGUACUCCACGAUAACAGCGCUGCAGUCGCAGUGAGGGCUACCGUUUUCUGACUCACCAGAUGGCGCCACUGUUGAGUGAGGUCCUGAAUUGUAACUUUUAAAGUUAAUGAAUACGCGCAUGAAAUCAAAUAAUCAAUUUAUAUCAUAUUUUAAUACAAAAGAACCGUAUCUUAAACAUAAUCGGCCAUGCCGCAGUUCCGUUUUGUUCGGAAAAAAGGACGACAUUCAUUACCAGGUAACUCAUAUUUGCCAUAAUUAAAUCGAGUUAUUACCAAAUGUUCACAACAUUAUUUUUAUUAGAAAUAAACCGGCGUAGUCAACACACAAGCAAAUACAUUUGAGAUUUCGGAGAGCUCACGCUACACUAGCGCCUCUAGCAGCGGAUUCAUACGCGAUAGCCCUCAUUGAACGAUCGAUUCGCGGUGCAGCAGCGACUACAAGCGGCGCAAGAACACGAACAAUCUCUUAGAGAUGGCGCACGAACGAGACCUGAGGCGGGAGAUUGCGCGCACGCAGAGGGCGAUUCACAAGUUUCAUAGCCCUUUUUUGCAAAAAAAACCCUAAUUUGUAAGCAUAGUCAUAGAGAAUGGGACUGAGUCAAAUUUACCGCUCUCUAAAAAGAGACAAAUACAACCAAUAUAUGAAUGAACUAUGGGCUGAUUCAUCGCUUCGUUUCUUACAGUUCUAUAGGGUUUUUCUUCACUUUCAUCUCUUAAGGGAACGCGUUUUCACCAACAAUCCCUAAAGUAUUAUAUUUGUAUUGUAAGAUGAAAUUGCUUUACUUUGUAAACGUGAAGAAAAGUUUACUAGAUAAAAAAAUAUACAG